GGACGGGCCACCUGCCUAUAAGAGGCAGGACGCACCCUUACACGCACCACACAGAGACAACUGUCACGGAAUACAUAACACACAGAGCGGGAACCAGAGGAACCCUCAACUAACCUGUCGAGAUGUCAAAAGUUUUCAAGAAGACCAGUGGCAAUGGGGAUUUGACCCUCUACUUGGGGAAGAGAGACUUUGUGGACCAUGUGACCUCUGUGGACAUUGUUGAUGGGGUGCUGAAGGUCGACCCUGCAAACCUCAAUGGCAGAAAAGUGUUUGUGUACCUCGCCUGCGCUUUCCGCUACGGCAGUGAGGACCUGGACGUGAUUGGGUUGUCCUGCAGAAGAGACAUCUGGGUGAAGCGCGUGCAGGUUUUCCCAGUCCUUGGAGGGGGCAUUGGCAAAACCCCCAUGCAAGAAGCUCUGGUGAAGAAAGCUGGGGAGCAGGCUCACCACUUUUCUUUUGAGAUGCCUACCAAUCUGCCAUGCUCAGUCGCUCUGCAGCCUGGACCUAACGACAGCGGAAAGGCGUGCGGUGUUGACUUUGAGCUCAAGGCCUAUAUUGCCAAUGCGGCUGAUGACGGCGAUGAGGUCAUUGAGAAGAAGGACACCUGCCGUCUGAUGAUCCGUAAGAUCCAGUUUUCACCCGCCAGCACAAACGCUGGCCCCAAGGCGGAAAUCACAUCGCCACUUCAGCUGUCGGCCUCUCUGGGAAAAGAGAACUACUACCACGGAGAUCCGAUCUCUAUCAACGUAAAAAUCAAUAAUGACAGCAGUAAGGUUGUGAAGAAGAUCAAAAUAACAGUUGAGCAGAAUACCGCUGUUGUUCUGUACUCGUCUGACAACUACGUUAAGGCCGUCUGCAGUGAGGAGUUUGGGGAAACAAUCAACGCCAACUCCACCUUCGAGAAGGAAUUCACCAUGACCCCCCUGCUGGCCAACAACAGCGAGAAACGGGGCAUCGCUGUGGACGGACGCCUGAAGGACGGAGACACCAACCUGGCCUCCACCACCCUGUGCCAAAGUGGUGAGAAGGAGAUGCAGGGUAUCAUCAUCUCUUAUAAAGUGAAGGUCAGCGUGUCUUUGUCCAGCGGAGGCCUGCUGGGGAGCCUUACAGGAAGUGAUGUCGUUGCAGAGCUUCCUCUCAUCUUGAUGUCCCCUAAGCCAGCAGGUGGCAAACUGGAGUAAAAGUGUCAUUAGUUCAGAUCUGAUGUCACACUCGAGUAGAGGCGCCAGUGGACCAGAGAUGGUUCUCUGUACCAGCGAUUGGAUGAAAGUACCACCAGGAAAACUGCACAUCAGCCAAGAUGGACACAGCAAUGUUGUUGCACUACUGACUCUUUAUUUAAAUCGCAAUCACUUCAAUCAAAUCCUCUAUAGUACUAUUGGGUAUCGACUCUGACAAAAUGCUCGUUUGAGUCCCUUUCUUUAGACCAAAGGUUUUCUCGCAGAAACAUGCUUAAAUAGUUUGCAGUUGUAACUUUGGUGUGUCUUGUUUUGUUUCACUUCCAAUAAAAAAAUAAUGUAUUGUAGAAAAUGUUAACUGUUGUGAAUUUUACAAUUGUGUACAGUUCUUUUCAGAAACAUACACAAAUUGAUGUCAAGCUGUGCAACUAAGAGAAUAAAUUCAGUGAUUCGGUUUAACCUC